CCAGAGACAGCGGGGAAAUGGCUUCCUGGGACGAAAAGACAGUCACACGCAGGGCCAAGGUGGCUCCCGCCGAGAGGAUGAGCAAGUUCCUGAAGCACUUCACCGUUGUCGGCGAUGACUACCAUGCCUGGAACAUCAACUACAAGAAAUGGGAGAAUGAAGAGGAGGAAGAGGAAGAGGAGGAGCAGCCGCCACAGACGCCCGCCUCGGGCGAGGAGGGCAGAGCUGCUGACCCGCAUGCGGCCCCCACCUCCACGCCCAGGCGCCCCCUAGACUUCAGGGCCACAUUGAGGAAGCUCUUCAGCUCCCACAGGUUUCAGGUCAUCAUCAUUUGCCUGGUCAUUCUGGACGCCCUCCUGGUGCUGGCCGAGCUCAUCCUGGACCUGAAGAUCAUCCAGCCCGACAAGAACAACUACGCCGUCAGGGUGUUCCACUACCUGAGCAUAGCCAUCUUGACCUUCUUUAUGAUGGAGAUCAGCUUUAAAAUAUUUGUUUUCCGCCUGGAGUUCUUCCACCACAAGUUUGAAAUCCUGGACUCCAUCGUGGUGGUAGUUUCGUUCGUCCUCGACAUCGUCCUCCUGUUCCGGGAGCAUGAGUUUGAGGCCCUGGGCCUGCUGAUUCUACUCCGGCUGUGGCGUGUGGCCCGGAUCAUCAACGGGAUAAUUAUUUCGGUCAAGACACGUUCAGAACGGCAACUGUUAAGGUUAAAACAAAUAAAUAUGCAACUGGCCGCCAAGAUCCAACACCUUGAGUUCAGCUGCUCCGAGAAGGUAAGGAAGGCCCCCUGGAAGACGCCUCUGGCUGAGCUGCCGUUCAGCACGGGCUUCCCAGGGCAGGCCUUCGCUCCUGCGCGCCCUUCGCCCGAGCCCCCACCCCUUGGCUAAGUCUUCCUUGUCCUUUAAGGGUCACUCAGGUGUUGCCUCCCCCGAGCUGGGCCAGGCGCCCCUCCUGUCACUGCUCUUGUCCACUGGAGCCCACCUGACUAUACUGCAGCCGCCUUCAGCGGGCUGGUGCCACAAAGAGCAUAGUCCUCCCUCAGUGCUGCGUCCCUGGACUGGGGCUCACUGGCGGUCACGUCCCUGGUGAGGCUCCGAAGGUAAAUGCAGUUAUUUG